CCUAUUGCACCGAAGACCACCAACGCGUGGCAAAGGAAGUUCAUCAAGAACUAAAAAUCCAUAUGAAUGAACCCCAUCUCUUCCAACAGCCAAGUAAUGGCUCUAAUUGCUUCUCCUACUCCGCCAUACACCACCAGCAAUAGUGACAAUUCACCGUCUAGCAGCGAUAAUAUUACUGUAGAAGUUGAUUACAGAAAAGGUGUGAAGUAUCUAGUUGAUAAUUCAAAGGACAUGAAAAUGCUGCCUCCCGAGUUUGUUUUGCCACUGCCAGAAUCUGAAAGGCCAUCGUUGGCAAUCCAUGGUUCAAUUCCUGUUAUAGAUUUGACUGGCCUUUAUGGACCUGUUGAGCAAAGACCGUCCACUAUACAUGCCAUUAGUUCUGCUUGUGCUGAAUGGGGAUUCUUUAGGGUGACUAAUCAUGGUAUAAAGAUCUCUAUCAUGGAUGAGAUGCUUAAAGUCAUAGAAGAAUUUUUCAACCGGCCAUUGGAAGAGAAAAUGAGAUAUGCUUCAGAAAAUGUGAUGGAUCCAGUAAGAUAUGGAACAAGUUUGAACACUAGCAGAAAGCAUGCCCUUCAUUGGAGGGACUUUCUGAGGCACUAUGGCGGUCCAAUUCCUCACAGCUAUAACCUUUGGCCAGAUAAUCCCUCGACCUACAGGCACGUCGCAAAGGAUUACUUAAAGGAAGUUUGGCAACUUGCUGUAAAAAUAUUUGGUGCAAUAUCAGAAGGAUUAGGCCUCGAUUCAAAUUACAUAGAGAGGGCACUUGGAGAUCAAGGGACUCGUAUUAUAGCUGCAAAUUAUUAUCCACCAUGUCCUGAGCCAAACAAGACAUUGGGACUUGCUGCACAUUCAGAUCAUGGUGGUCUUACUAUUUUGAUGGACAAUGGAAUUCAUGGCUUGCAAAUUAAGCACAAUCAAACAUGGUUUGCUGUUCCUCAUGUCCCGGGCACUUUCGUCGUCAACCUAGGAGAUUAUUUGGAGAUAUUGAGUAAUGGCAGGUACAAGAGCGUAGAGCAUCGCGCAGUAGUCAAUGCGGAAAAGACGAGGAUCUCUGUAGCUGUAGGCCAUGGCCCAGAAAUGACAGCUAUAGUUCAGCCUGCAGGCCCACUUCUCAAAGAGAAGAGUGAAAGCAAGUAUCGGCCCAUUGUGUACAAGGACUAUAUUAAAGCCCAACAAAGCACUAUUAAGAGAGGAAAAAGUGCCUUGCAUGAGAUAAUGACUUCCACAGACAACAAAAUAUACGAUUAAAUUUGAGUAAGCGUGUCAAACGUAGUGGUUGGAUCAAAAUGAAUGAGUUAGGUCACUUGGGCUGAUAUGAGUUGAUCAAAAUGAGUUAAAAUAAGGGUCAUAGCUUAACUCGCCAACUCUUACCAAAUUCUUAUUAGGAACUAUGCUUCCUAGGCUAGUCUUGGCUUGUAAUGACGUUUAGUAUGUAAUUUUAAUGAAUUUUCUCAUCACAAAAUAAAUAAAUAAAAAGUGAUUGAUGCC